UUCACUCAAGUCUCUCUCCUUCAGCCUCGCUUUGUUUAAAACAGCCAAAAGAAGAAGACAACUUUGAGGAAGAAAACAGAGCAAAGUGAGUUAGUCAGGUUUUAAAAUGGUUUGAUUGAUUGACACACAAACGAAACUGUGUGUAUAGGCAAACCAAACCAAAUUAAACCAAAUUUGAUUGAAGAAUAAUUCGAGAGAGAGAGAGAGAGAGAGAGAGAGAGAGAUGUCUCUUAGAAUAAAGACGGUGGUAGAUAAGUUUGUGGAGGAGCUAAAAGAAGCACUGGAUGCAGAUAUUCAAGACAGAAUCAUGAAGGAAAGAGAGAUGCAGAGUUACAUCCAAGAGCGUGAACGCGAAGUCGCCGAACGUGAAGCCGCUUGGAAGGCUGAGCUCUCUCGUCGCGAGGCAGAGAUUGCCCGACAAGAAGCAAGGCUGAAGAUGGAGAAAGAAAAUCUUGAGAAAGAGAAAAGUGUUCUAAUGGGAACUGCAUCAAAUCAAGACAACCAAGAUGGAGCUCUUGAAAUCACUGUAAGCGGAGAAAAAUAUCGAUGCCUUAGGUUUGCAAAGGCAAAAAAAUGAAGUUUUACAUGGAAGCAUGGAAAAAGAAAAGGAAAAGAAAUGAAAGAUGCAAAUCCAUGGUUGGGUUUUAAGAACUUCAUUCCUUCUGGAUGCCAAUUAUGUACAUUUAGGCCCUCGUGCCUAUUAUUUAAUUCAAUAUAGAAGGUCGUUUUUAUGAUUA